AUGACCGAAGAACAGACAACUUCUUCCCUACCUCCGGAGCACGACACCUCCCUCCCACCGUACGACGCUGGGCCGUUCAUUGCGCGCGAGCCUCGAGAUGAAGAACCGUUUGACGCGUGGGAAGAAGGCCUGGGAUUCUUUGAUGUCUUUUCCCUCAUCGUCAAUAAGAUGAUAGGAACUGGCAUCUACACAUCCCCAACUGCUGUCUUUCUUCUCACAGGAAACAAGAGUCUCACCCUGGGACUCUUUGCUGUUGGGUUUUUGUACUGUUUGAUGAGCACUGCCAUCUAUCUUAAAUUUGCAGAGGUUCUGCCAUAUAAUGGUGGAGAACUAAUAUACCUUGAUGAGGUCACAUCGCAUGUCAAACCCGACACUACCGACACUUCAGGCUACUCGUCACCGGAUGCAGAGCAUGGAGAGGCCCACGUUAGCGGCUCCCCAGUCACUGCUACAGGAACAAACAAGAGGGUCUCUAGUCCGCUGCAGAGGCUCGUUCAGCUCCGUCGGAAGCUAAUGGGAGAUGGCCUGCUAGCAUACAUCAUCUACUCUGUGAUGUUCAUUGUAUUCUUCAACUCCGCAACCAACAGCCUCCAAUUCGGUCGAAUGAUCCUCAUGUGGAUAAACGCCAACAAAGCUGACAAUGGUGCUACCGUCGAUGGAGACGAAACGUCUGCGAAAGAAGACGACCCAGACGUCAACCACGACCUUAUGCGUUUCAUCGGGGUCACAAUUCUCUCUUUAAUAUGCCUCGCGCAGUUCUUCAGCCCCGGCUGGGGUCGCAAGCUGAACAAGUUUCUUGCUGUCGUCAAGAUAGGGUUCCUUAUCGGCGUGAUAAUUGUAGCGCUUGCUGCACUAUCCAAUGACAUUGAAGACAAAAACAAGCACGCCGUUCCUCGGGCUAAAGACUGGCUCACCUGGCAUGGUUCCCCUUCGAAGGUCCAAUUUGCCAAGGCAUUGCUUGCUGUUUUGUUCAGCUUUGAGGGCUGGGAGAAUGCCACUUUUCUCCAUUCGAUUCACUUCGACGAUUUCCCUGAAGGUCAUAACCGCAAUUACCCACCCAUAUGA